GGCAGCGCGAGCACUCGGCCACUUGAUUUUCAACCACACACGCUGCAACAUCUCAGUUCCGUUCGGCAGUCGCAUCCCCGCACAAUACAUCAGCAGCAGCAGCAGCAGCAGAAGCAGCAGCAAAUCGUUGGUGAACCUGAGAUUCGUAGUCGAGUCGAGUAUAUGCGCUCUCUCUCUCUCUCUCUAAAAAUCUAACAUCUUCAAACAGUGAGCUAAUUGUUUGAACGUGUGAUUCGGUAGCGAUUGUCGCAUUGAUUCAACUCGAAUCUCAUUUUCACUGGAGGACACGAGGGUGUGAUAGUUUCAAUUAAAUCGUCUACGCAGAGCGCACAGAUUAGUUCCAGGUUAAAAUCUCCUUGCGGAAGAAAGAAAAUUAUCGAAAAAGAUGUCUACUCAUUCGAGAAAAAGCCAUGAAACAUCGACGAAAAAAGAACAUCAACCACCGAAGAUUAAAAAAACUAUAUUAACAGGUGAGGAUAGCAAAUCGUUCGCGAAAUCAAUUCAUGUACCAAGUCGAAAACGCAAAACAGACGAAGAAAUUCACAAAGAAGAGCACAAACGUCGUGACAGUGGCUCAGUCAAGAAAACAACGGAUACGGUGAAAAAACAACAUAAGAGUGGCUCGAGUACUCACAAAAUUCCCAAAAAAGUGGAUGAAGUCAAUGUCAAAACUGAACCAGCUAGAGAAGAUUUGUCGUCCAACAUUAUCGAUAUCACGGGGUCUCCUGUUCAUACGCCGGUUGAUGCUCCUGAAGGUUUAAUUGUAAAAAGUAGCGAUUAUAUCAAAGCAUUGGAAAGUAACAACGAAACUUUAAGCACAAUACUCCAAGAAAAAAUCGAAAUAAUUGCACAAUUCAAAGAUCAAAUAUCUAAAAAAGAUGCUGAACUUGAACAGCUAGAAAAAGAUAAUAUAUCAUUGAAAGAGCUUUUGGAAAAGAAGCAUGAACAGAUCCUUGAAAAAACUUCGAAACAACAGGAAAGUUCCGAGAAAAUUAUAGACAUUUGUCAAAAAAUGGAAAAAACAAUGAAAAAAAAUUCGGAUCUCUCAAGAAGUGCGGAUAAAUAUUAUGCCGAAAAUAAAAAAUUGACAGAAUUGAACAAAAAAUUGGAAAAAUCUAUGGAUAUUUUACGCAGUGAAUGUGAACGUCACAAAAAGAAUGAUGAAAGUGAUAAGAAGCUUUUGCAAGAACUGAAGGAGCAGAACGGCAAACUUUUAACACAGAAUAGUGAUCUUGCAAAGCAACUUGCUGAAUUGAAGUCGAUGCCCAGUCCCAAAAUAAUUAAAAAAGAAGAACCAGUCAAAUGUAAAUGCAGUGGGAUCAGCAGUAAUGAGGCAGAACACAUACUAUCAAUUCAACAAAAAAUGUACGACAAACUGGGUUCUAUUGAAAGAAAUAUGGACAAUAACAACAUUUCAAAUACCAAAUUUGCGAAGAAAAAUUGGGGAAUCAUGAGUAAUCAAAUAAAUGAGAUAAAACAAAUUGUAGUACAGACAAUAUCACGAGGGGGGAGUCCAGAUUUUCAAGAAACAGAUUAUCAUGAGCAAUUUGAACGGAAUAAUAUGCCAUCAUUUUCUGGGCCUCGAUAUCAUAAUUAUUCAUAAUAAUAGAAUAUUGUCUCCAUAGAUUAAGUUGAUUGAAUAAGAAAAAUUGUUUCUUAGCUAUUCGUAGGCAUACAACUUUUUUAUUGUA